CUCGUCUCUUAAACCUCACAGAGGCACGCUUGCCCUGCAGCCACACCACACUAGAGAAAAAUAAACAGUUGUACGUCGAGCUCUUCUAUUUGUUUCAGUGGCUCCAUCAUGUGCUCUGCCAGCAGUCAUGCAGUUCCAGGACGUAACAGCCACCUCUAUAACGCCAUACGUUCAUAUCUGCACAGCGUAAACCGAGCACAGCCCAUUAUUGGUCUAAACAGCAUAACUGAGAUGUGGACCUACAACCAGCCUGCCGUGUACUUUUGUGAUGUCUGCUUUCUUAGAAUUAUGAAGACGGACAUCAGAAACCACAUCAUGGGCAGCCUUCACAGAUAUAACUACACUAAGUCUCAUCAUGCACAUGCGUGGAGGUCUUAUACAGAUUUGUCUCUUUUGGCUCGCCCUCUCAUGGAUCUUGCAACAAUUGUAGAGAAGAAAGAGGGAACAGGUGAUGUACAGGUUCUAUGUGUGGAUGAAAUCAUAUACAAAGAGUUGACGUUAUGGCCUGUCCCUGCUGCUUUUAGAAAACUGAACAAGAUUAAGAAUCCUCGAUAUCCUAAUCAACUUCAGUCAAUCAUUCAUGACACCCUGGUUACAGGUGUUCAGGGGCUGCAAGAGCUUGAAAACAGAAACGACGUAACCACAGAGAGUAUAGCCUCAAUGCGGCAUGUAUCUACUUCACCAGUGAUGUCAAAGUGUUCGGUUAUAAGUGAGCCACUCUCUCAGCUGUCGCAUCCAAGACAAACCGCAUUACCCCCUAGAACCUCAAGUCCCGUCACACCUUUAUUUCAGUACAAAGACAUUGUUCAUCAUGUCGCCAGACCACCAGGACACUGGGGUCCCCUGCCAUGGCGGAAUGAAGGUGGAGGAACUGGAUUCAGCCACCCAUUUGGAGUUGGCUAUUCAGUACACAUGGCCCAAACUGCUUACGCAUACGAAGCCCAGCUGCAAACUUCAUCUUUUACUGUGAGCCACAUUGUACCAGAGAAAACACAGAAUGUAACCAACAGGCAAGAAUCUUUCAGCUAUGAAGGUUUAAUCACUACUCCUGAGCCUGUCAGAUUUAUUGAGCCCAUCAUAACCCAAAGGCGGGCAUUGGAGUCACCUUAUUUAUUAACUCCAUUGUAUGAUGAGGUUGAGUCUCAGGAACCAGUCAGCACAGACUUUGAUCCACAUGUGGCGACUCCGUCACAUACCUCCGUGGAAAAUAAAAUUCCUCUGCCGUCACGAUAUUCACCCACUAAGACUCGAAACCUUGCUGGUCAAAUUCAUUCCAUUGAGGACUCUCCAGAAACAUACAAUGGGAGAAAGCCUCUCAUCGGUCUGCAGGCUGUUAUUAAGUGCCAGAGUGUGGAUGGAAAUCCACCUCCGUGCUGUUACCUGUGUCAGCUGUGUUCUUUGAAGCUGAAUAAGGAAACAAUUCUCAGUCACUUGACUGGCUGUGAGCAUCAGCGUAACUACAUAAAAGUUCUCCAUCCGCAGCUGUUUUCCAAAAUAAAGCAUCAAUGCUGCAACAUCAAUGAGAUGCUUGAGGAUGUUGCUCUGCAACUAGAACGAGAAGAUGGGAGGGGCCAAAUAAAGGUGAUGAGGUUGUCUUCAUGUCUCGUUAGUGAGGUACUGCACAGGGAUUAUCAAUGGUGUAUGAAGCUGUUGAACUGUGGAGCCAGUUUAGACCGGUUCAACAAAACGACUAACAAAACCACAGGUCCCAGUCAAGAUCUUAAACGGCCAGCGGAGUCUAUACAGUCCCCUUUAUAUGAAGACCGAGCUCCACUCUCAACCCAUCAGAUGUCCAAAAAAAUUAAGAAAGUUCAUCCGACAAAUGUCACGUUUUCUAAAAGUGUGAAGAACCCGGUGUUUAAGGUAAGCCUGUCACUACAGGAGGGCCCUGUUGUCAUUGAGAGAGACUCGCUGAGGGUAACAGCUACAGUGGCACCUGAGAUUGAGGACCAAAGUCAUCACACCACAUACACAGACAAUAAUGCGAUGACUUUUGAGAUCAACAGACAGUCUGAAGUUCAAACAUGCAUUCAUGGGUGCCCACUGACAGCAUUCAACCCAGCAGAAAUCUGGAAUACACCGCGGUUUUCUGAUGGAAAUGUGUUCACAGAGGCCGACAUCCGGUCACUCACCUAUACAAACACAGAGGUCUCUCACGUAGAUGAACGUAUGUUUGAGGAUCUGGCUAUGAGCCCCAUGAGCCCUGCUCCGUAUGCAUUUGAAGAGCAAUUCGACCGUUCUCAAGCUAUUCAAGUGGUCGAGCCUUCUCUCAGACGUGAAGACUCUGGUUCACUCGAGAAUAUGGUCUCCGUCACAUAUGAGGAUUGGCCAGUGCAGGAUUUCAAUGACAAUGACUGGAUCUUGCAAAGGCAAAUCGCUGGGGCCGGUGCAAGUGAUCUUCAUGAGUAUACAAGGUACAUGUGGGACUGAUAAGAAUGAGUCGUCCAGUGCUUUACCAACAAAAGAAUGGUUCUCAAAAGAUCAACAGAGUAUCCUGUGCUCUGAUUCAUAACUUUCUGAAUUGAAAAUGAUGUAGUUGACAAAUAUAGUUUACAGGUCUACGCAUCAGCAACACAUAACAACCAUCACUGAAUUAGUUAGAAACGUCUAUCUAGUUAAAUUAAAAUGGUUUCCACUCAGAACACAGCCAGCGCAUCUGCUUUUUAUUUUUAGUCAUUGAAAUGUUGAAAACAACUGCUUUAUUUUUUUAUUCUUUUGGUUAAAAACUAUUUGUCAUUAGUUUAUUGAUUUUUUUUUAUUUUGUUUGUUUGGAAUAACUGGAAACCCGUUUCAAAGAAAUGAAUCUGUUAUUUUGACAUGAUUACUAUAUGUAAUGAUUCAGAAUCAACACUAACGUAUAGGACUUAACAGGUAAAUAUCCCUCCAUGUGUUGCAGGUUUUGUGUAACCAGUGAAUAUAUAUACACAUUGUUUUGCUCCUGUUCAGUAACAUUGACUUUGAAUUAGUAUUAAACUUAGAUUUUUUGUUUUGGUUUCUACAAUCUCUUAUGUCACUAAAGUUAAAAUAGGUUGGAAACAAACAAUGCCGUUUUCCAUGACUUUGGUUUUCCAUGAACAAAUAUGUCAGGGAUUUGGUUUGGAAUCCUGUUUGCGAUUAAGUUAUCAAUUCACAUUUAUUCAAAUGUGUGAAAGUAGUCAAGUAUUAUUUAGGGGGCACAUCAGAAGUGUUUUUUGUAAAUGUUCGGAUCUGUUUUUAUUCGUCCAACAUUCAAGUCCGUGAUGCCACCAGAGAAGCACAACAUUAAAAUGUGCAAUUUCUUUUACUUUGUAAUGCAUAAUUCAGUAUUGUUGUUAUACCAAGGGAAGUUAUUUUAUUAUUUUAUUGGA